AUGGUAGAACUGGAGAUCGAGUCGGAGCUGUGCGCGCUGCGGCGCGAGGUGGCGCUCGGCGUGGGCUGGGCGCAGUUUGCCGAGAAACUGCACGAGUGGACGGGGGUGGACCCGCGCGACAUGCGGCUGGUGGUGACGACCGCGGACGGGAAGGAGCAGGAGGUGGACGGGGACGUGCGGCAGCGCGCGGGGACGGUGGAGCAGGCGUUCCCGGGCGGGGUGCGGCGCGUGCAGGUGCAGGACACGAACGAGGGCUCGGUGGUGCACGCGCUGCGGCGCGAGAUGGAGGGCGACGGCGGCGAGGAGGCGGCGUUCCGGCUGUCGGACGAGGCGUACGCGGGGCGCGCGGACUCGGUGCUGGCGUGGAAGCGCGAGCAGCAGCUGGGCGCGUUCGACCCCGAGGUGCGGACGCGGCUGGCGCAGGAGCGCGAGACGCAGGCGCUGGCGGCGGCCGCGCUGCCGGUGGGCGCGCGGUGCGCGGUCCGCACGCGCGGCGCGCCGGAGCGGCGCGGGUGGCUGCGCUACGUGGGGCCGGUGGACGAGCUGGGCGCGGAGAACACGUGGUGCGGCGUGGAGUUCGACGAGCCCGUGGGGCGCAACGACGGCACCUUCAACGGGCGCGCGUACUUCGGGCCGGUGCACAGCAACCACGGCGCGUUCGUGAAGCCCACGGCGGUCGCCGUGGGGCCGCAGUUCGCGCCGCUGGCGGACGACGAGCUCCGCCUGAGCGACGACGACGAGCUGUGA